GCCCAAUCCGAAAAGCCCAAUUCGAAAAGCAAUGAAACAAGCGAAGCAACUUUAAUUGACUUUAUCAAUCACCUUUAUAUCGAAGUACUAUUGUCAUUCAUUCGUUAUAAUGAUAAGAUUACCGGACGAGGAAGACGUUCAGUAUGCCAAGAAGCAAUUGGUUGAAAAGAAGAAGCUUGCAGCCAUUAUCGGAGCAGUUUUAAUCCUUGCAGUGGUAUUUUUCACCACUGACUUGGUCAACUACUUCAACAUCAUAACCCAGUCGACCAAUAAGCCUGAAUUAUGUCCAUUGUAUGAGCCAUUGGCUCCCGAGUCGUAUUUGAAGGACAAUUCCACUUUGUUUACCAUCUUGAACGAUGAGAAAUUCAGGUUACAAUCAGUUCAGAAGUUAGCUAAAGCAAUACAAGUUGAUACACAAAUUGGUGAUGAUCAGCCUGAUGUUGAUGAUGCUCCUGAGUUAUGGAUACAAUUUCAGGAUUUCCAUAAAUAUUUGGAAGAUACGUUCCCUGUCAUUUACGAAAACUUGGAAGUAGAGUAUGUUAAUACUUAUGGAUUGGUUUAUACCUGGAAGGGGCUGAAUACUGCUUUAAAGCCUUUGUUGUUGACUGCUCAUCAAGAUGUUGUACCUGUUCAAAAGGAUACUCUUGAUGAUUGGACUUAUCCUCCAUUUGAAGGUCAUUAUGAUGGUAAGUUUAUUUAUGGUAGAGGCUCUAGUGAUUGUAAGAAUGUAUUAGUUGGUAUUUUAGAAUCUAUUGAGCUAUUAAUUCUGAAAGGUUAUACUCCUUCACGUACUGUGAUUGCUGCAUUUGGAUUUGAUGAAGAAUCUAGUGGAAGAAGAGGAGCUUAUAAUAUUGGUAAACAUUUAGAGAAAAAGUGGGGUAAAGAUUCCAUAUAUGCUAUACUUGAUGAAGGUCCUGGGUUACAGAAGGAUCCUGUGACAGGACAAAUCAUUGCAGCAGCAGCUACUGGAGAAAAGGGAUACACUGAUGUUAUUGUUGAAUUAACUACACCUGGUGGUCAUUCAUCCGUCCCUCCAGAUCAUACAUCGAUUGGAAUCAUGUCUGAAUUAGCCUAUAUUAUUGAGAGAGAUCCAUACAGCCCUAUCUUUACAGAUCAAAAUCCUUUAUUGAAGUAUUUACAAUGUCUUGCUGUGAAUAGUGACAAGGUUCCCACUCUUACUAAAAAGGCAAUUUUAAGAGCAGGUUUUGAUAAGUUUGCCAAUGGGAAGGUUGUGGAAGUGAUUUCUCGAAGAGCUGAGACUAAAUAUUUAAUUCGAACAUCUCAGGCUAUAGACAUAGUCAAAGGUGGUGAGAAGGCUAAUGCUUUGCCUGAAAACGUGAAGUUGACUGUCAAUCAUAGAAUAAGUGUAGAAACUUCGCUGGAUGAGAUCCAUGAUCAUUUCACUAGUAGAGUUAUUGAAGUGGCUAAGCGUCAUGGGUUGGGAGUAGUCAGUUUUGGUAAGAAGGUGUUUGCAGGUGAUGGUAAAUCUGGUGUCUUUGUAGUAUCCUCAUCUCAGUCCUUAGAGUCAGCACCCGUAUCUCCAUCCAAUGAUACUGUAUGGAAAUAUCUUGCUGCCACCACUAGACAUGUAUUUGAAGAUGCGGUAUUCACCAAUUUGACUUAUCCCAUCAUUGUUGCUCCAGUAGUCAUGCCGGCUAAUACCGAUACGAGACAUUACUGGAAUUUAACCAGAAAUAUCUAUCGGUACUCUCCUUUCUUUUCCGUCGAUUUAAUUAAGGACAGUCAUAUCCACAGUGUGGAUGAGAGAUUACGGGUAGAUGCUCACUUACAGUUGAUAGCAUUUUUCUACGAAUAUAUUCAGAAUAUUGAUACUUCUGAAUCAGAUAAUUAGACUA